ACCAAACUGAAGCAGCUAAAUCUGAGCUCGAACAAGAUCCGACGACUUGAAAACUUGGACGCGCUGGUGAAGUUGGAGAAGUUGUGGCUAAAUCUGAGCUCGAACAAGAUCCGACGACUUGAAAACUUGGACGCGCUGGUGAAGUUGGAGAAGUUGUGGGUGAACCUGAACCAAUUGGAAAGGCUUGACGGACUCUGGAGACUCACGAAGUUGACGCAGCUCUGGGCGUGUCGUAACCGUAUUGACCGCAUUGACACGGCGCUCAAUGGCUGCGUGAAUCUCACGGAACUGAACUUGGCGGACAACCGGCUGUCGAGCUUUAAAGGACUGUUGUCCCUCAUGAACUUGGACCAACUUGCUCUAAAUCUGAGCUCGAACAAGAUCCGACGACUUGAAAACUUGGACGCGCUGGUGAAGUUGGAGAAGUUGUGGGUGAACCUGAACCAAUUGGAAAGGCUUGACGGACUCUGGAGACUCACGAAGUUGACGCAGCUCUGGGCGUGUCGUAACCGUAUU